CUUCUCUUUUCUUCUCCUCCUUUUCUUUUCAUCAUUCAUAAAGUGAAAAUCCCCAACUCAUAAAGCUAUUAGCAUAUUAGAAACAAUCUAAAAACAUUCUUUCUUCCACCUAAAGAAAAGACCCAGUUCCAAACAAACAAAGAAAAGGCUUUGUUUUGAUUUCUCUUUUAUAUCUUUCUCUCUGUGAAGUCAUCACUUAAUGGAUUCUGAUAAAUGGUCACAGGGUUUUCAAGUGAAAUCAAUGGAAGAGAUGAUGGUAGCUAAUAAUAAUACAUGCACAAAAGGGACGACGACAACAACAACAGUGUUAGAGAAGAAAACAAGACCACCAGAGCAAUUGAAUUGUCCUAGGUGUAACUCAACAAACACCAAGUUUUGUUAUUACAACAAUUAUAGUCUUACUCAACCAAGGUACUUUUGUAAGACUUGUAGAAGGUAUUGGACUGAAGGUGGGUCUUUAAGGAAUGUACCUGUUGGUGGUGGUUCAAGGAAGAACAAAAGGUCUUCAAUAUCAGCUUCUUCUUCUUCUUCUUCUUCUUCUUCAUCAUCAUCAACAGCUUUCGCUUCAGAUUCAGCUAAAGUUUUAGAUCUAAACCCAUCUACUUUCUCACUGUUAUCAUCUUCUCAAAACCCUAAUAAGGUUCAUUAUAAAGGUCAAGAUCUUAACCUAACUUUCCCACCUAUGCAAGAGCCUGGUUUAUAUGAUCAUCAGCAUAACUACUACUACUACUACAACAACACCGGGAUGGUUUCAAGAGGGUUGAAUUCUUUCGUUCCGGCACCAGCAGCACCGGCGACACCAGCACCGGCUACCCUUUUUUCCAUGCAAGAUUAUAAGCCAACCCUUAGUAGUACUACUUUCCCAAUCCAUAGUGGUGUUCAAGGGUUCCCUUUUGGAGAAAUGAAACAAGUUUCUAGCACUAAUAAUGAAGUUGAUGAUGAUCAAAACAAGGAACAAAGCAAUUCAACUGGAUUUUGGAAUAAUAACGGUGUAUUAGGUGGUGGAGGAUCAUGGUAAAAAAAAGAAGAAGAAGAAAUGAAGAUGAUCAAGAAAGGAACUGCUUUUUCUAGUUUUUAAUUUUUUUUCACUAUUUUUCACAUGGUUGAUAUUAUUAUUACUUGUUCAAAGUUUCUCUUUUUUAGAACUAACAGAUCAUCAUCAUCAUCAUCAUCAUCAUCAUCAUAGGAUACAUAUAUAUAUAAUGGGGUUUCUUUUCUUUGCUUUCUUUUUUUAAAUUACAAGAUUGUAUCCAAUUUGGGUUUUGGUUUCUUGUAUCAGAUUCAAGUCUAGAAUUUGUUGCAGUGAUGAGUGAUAUAUAUGGAAGUAUGUAUUUAUAAUAUGCGGUUUCUCAACAGAUAUACCAUUUGAGAAGCUCCAAUUGUACCUUGAAAUUGUAAUGCUAAUUAUUAUUAUUUUCGAUAAA